AUGUCAGGCUACAACCGCGACACCGUCGUAAACUGCCUCACGCGGCACUACGAGCUGCUCGUGCGGAUGGGCUACAUGGACGCCUCGGUGGUGCAGCUGCCGCCCUCGGGGACCGGCUGGAGCGACGCCGAGCUGCGCGUCGACGCGCUGCGGGCGAUGGGCCGCUCGGAGACGGCGAUCGACCUGCUGCGGCACAUGCCGUACCUGCGCGAGAACGAGACGGCGGACCCCGUCGAGGUGUACACGGAGACGUUCCCACUGCGGUACCUGCGGGACGGGCGCUGGUUCGGCUCGGCGAGCGGGGAGGACUUUGCGACGACGGCGAUGCUGGACUUGGGGUUCGCGCCGUUUGACGGGCCCGUGCCGGCGGGCAUGGUCUCGUUGACGCAUGCGGACGAGGGGAUUUGGUGGCUGGUUGAUACGGAUGAGGGAUGCAUCUAUCCCUACGGCACCGAGUUCGAGGGCGAUGAGGAUGCGCCCGAGGGAGAGCCGUGGAAGGCUGUCGAGGCCGUCCCGAUUGAGACCUACUUUGACAACGUCUACGCGCAGGUGGGCAACUUGGACGUCGUCCCGGCGCCACGGUCGGGCAAGUGGGAUGCGCGGGUUGUGGAGGAGCACACUGAGGAGGGACAGCUGGUCAAGGGCUUGUACCAUGAGUUUGGGUGGCCCGAUGCAUUCCGCAAGGAGGAGUUCGUGCAGGCCGUCGAGCAGAACCGCGCAUCAUUCCUGGAGGCAGGACUUGGAGACGAUGAUGAGGACGAGGAGAUGGCUGGUUGA